AUGUGGCUAUCGGGGCUGCAGAGCCUACUGCUGGCCGGGCUCGCCGCUUCAGCCGCCGCGCACCGCUCCCCUCCCGUCGCUGCUCGCGUCGAAGCAUGGCCGGCUCCUGAUCUCGUCACGCAGUUCCUGGAGACCAUCGCCCUCGAGGCGCCGAACGAGUUCUUCCACUUCCUCUCCUUUCUCUCGUCCAACCCCCACUCGCACCAUUUCCUUCGCGCCGGCACUCUCCUCCCGCCGUCUCUGCGCGCGGCCAACAACCUUGCCAAGCAGGGCGUGAACCCGAUCUUUGCGCCCGAGGGAACGCUUCAGCUGAACGAGACGUACGCUCUCCUCGAUGCGGCUGCGGGAAGGUCUUUGCUGUUCCGGUCGAAGGGACUGCGGGAAAGCCUGCAGACGUCAUUGGCGAAUCGAGAAGCGAGUGUGAUUAUCGAGGGCAUGCGGGGCUUGUGGGAGGAGCGGGAAGCGGUCGUUCCGGUGCGGGAAGGGUCAGACUCGCAGGGUGAAGAGGCGUGCGAGAGCUGGAUCGACGUUGCAGGCGCACGAGCGUGUAGUGAGGAAGAGUUUUGGGAGAUCGUUGGAAACGAGGAGAAGGGCGGGAAGAAGCCUAUAAAGCUUCCCUCCAGCACCAAUUCGACUCGCCCACAGCGGUACUCGUUCGACCACGUCUCGCCGCACGGCGACGAAUCGCACCUCCCUCGCUUCGUCUUCUGGGCGAACCCGACCUCUCCCUCCUUCCAGCGACUCUUCACCUUCCUCCACUCGCUCUCGGCUCCGAAAGCGAUCCCUGUUUCCAACCCGAAGAGUCUGACCUCACAAUCCCCACCUGCCGCCCAUGCCGCCCCUCACCCGCCUCGACUCCAGUUCGUCGUGCGCUGGAAGCCGUCCUCUGCGGCGCAUCGCGCGCAGAAGAAGCUCGUCAUGAGUGGCUACGGCGCAGCGCUCGACAUCAAGAAGAGCGAUUAUCUCGCCAUUGACGACCGAGUGACCGGUCAGUCGACGGCGGGAGGAAAGGAUGCGGAUGGGGAAGUGUCGAAGGAACCGGUGCUUGAGAUUGAGGGGGAUCUGCCGCCGAAGAUGGAGCCGGUAAAGAAGGGAGACGUGGCAGAACUCGCGAUCCGGACAGCCCAAUUCAUCCUCGCGUCCGACCAGCCGUUCAAGGCAUUCGUCGACUUGACAUCGGCCUUCCCCCGCCUGGCAUCGCACCUGCCCACACUCGUUCCCGAUCCCGACCCGCACCUCAUCUCCGAAGUCUCGACAAACCAGAUGUCCUCGGUCCUUACGACUCGUUCUUCCUUCUUCUUGAACGGCGUUCCGCUUACCGAAGCUGAAGUCGACCCAUUUGCUUUCCUCCGCCUCAUGCGCAAAGAGCGUAAACACAUCGUCGACCUUCUCAGCCUCAGCAUCCACAUGACCGGCAAGGAGGCGCGCGAUAUCCUCAUCGGUGGCAGUCCUCGAAGCCCCUCGUCGUCGCGGGACCGGAUUGGCGUCGAUGCGUUGGGCGAGUUGUACGACUCGACGGACCGCGACGAGGGAGGGCAGGUCAUCCUCUGGUGGAACGACCUUGAGAAGGACAGGCGGUACAAGAGCUGGUCCAAGUCGGUGCGAGAGCUCCUCCGGCCCGUCUACCCCGGCUCGAUGAACCUUGUCGCUCGCAACCUCAACAACGUUGUCUUCGUCCUCGACCUCACGCGGCCAGGAGCGCUUUCGCUCGUCGUCGAGCACAUCAAGCAGUUCGUCGGUCGUGGCAUCCCCGUCCGCUUCGGCGUCGUCCCGGUCGUCGGUGCAUCGAGCGAAGACAACUCGCUACAGACGUUGAUGGCCCAGGUCAUCUGGUACCUCACGGACGCUCUUGGCCGCGCGCCGACUAUGCAGUUCCUCGCGACGCUGCUGAAGGCGUCUCCCGAGUCGACCAUUUCCGAAGACCUGCUCAAGCGCGCCUACCUCCAGCUUGCCGCAACAGCUUCGCAUGUCGACGGAGGUCCUCUCGCUCGCUUCAGUGAGCUCCGACACUACGGCAUCGGCAGGCGAGCCGGCGGAUCGCACUCGCGCUUGACCAAGACCCGCGAAUACCUCAAGCGACUCGGUGUCCCUCUCGCCGCGGCCGCCGAGACCAAGAAGUCGCUGGGCGCUUUCUUCAUGAACGGAGCGUACUUCCCGAUUGACGACGACUUUACGCAAAAUCUGCAGCGCACGCUCGGCCUGCACACCCAGUACCUCGCGCAAGAAGUCUACCUGCGCUCGCUCACCGACGACAUGGACGCGUCGUCGUUCUUCGCCGACCUGCCGACGACGUACAAACGCCGCAACCCUUACAUCUCCCCCUCGCCCGAGACGAACCCGCUCAAGAUUGUCAAUCUCGUCGAAGCCCUUGACGGCGUCCACCGAGGAUGGCUGCACAGCUUCUACAUCGAAGGCACUUCCGGCUUGACGAACGAGACGACCGGUCUCGACAUCGAGGACCCGCCUGCCGUCGCGACCAUCUACGUGAUUACGGACCUGAACGACCCAGCCGGCGCCGACCUCGCCGUCGCCGCUCUCAAACUCGCCGAGAAGACAACUCAAGUCCGCAUCUCCUUUGUCCACAACCCGGCCGACCCGUUCGCCGAGCUGCAUCCCUGGACGCUGUCGCGUACCUUGUUUGCACUUCAGAAGGAUCAUCAACUCGCCGAGAUCCUGCCCGACGAGCUGACCGAGUACAUCGACCUGAACCUCGACAAGGGCGGACCGGCGAAAGGCGACGGUCACGACUGGCCCGAGGACAACCCUCUUCGCGCGAUUCUUGCUGAUGGUGUCAAGGACAAAUCGGGCGGCGACGCCGACCUGUUCUGGGACGAGGUCCAGUGGUUCCGGUACAAGUUGGGCUUCAAGGAGGGCGAGAGCGGUAUCGUCAUCAAUGGUCGCGUCAUCGGUCCUUUGCCUGCCGGGAGCUUCGGUGCCGCCGACUUCAAGACUCUCCUCGCCUAUGAGAUGGAGAAGCGCAUCAAGCCGGUCGUCUCCGCCAUCGACUUGACAGCCGUCCUGAAAAAGAACUUUGAUCGGCUCAAGCGGUCGCACAUCUAUAACGUUGCUACAUCGAUUGUCGGCGCUGCCCACCUCCCCGACCCCGCCGCUGGCAUCUUCGGCAACGGACCAGUCGAGAGACGGCGCGACUAUCUCGGACUGGCGGCGAAUCACAGCGCCAUCGUCGGCGCACGCGAGACAGGCGCACUCUUCGAGGUCGCCGUCGUGAUCGACCCGGCGACUGAGCUCGCGCAACGGUGGGCGCCUAUCGUCGAGACCCUCUCGCAACUCAACUCGACCCACGUCCGCCUGUACCUCAAUCCUUCGCUCCACGUCACCGAGGUUCCCAUCAAGCGGUUCUACCAAUACACCUUCAAUUCGACCCUCACAUUCGACGAUACAACUGGGCAGGAGGUCCAGCCUGCGAUCCGCUUCAACGACAUUCCCGAAGACGUUCUUCUCACCUUUGGCAUCGACGCGCAGCAGUCCUGGCUCGCUUUCCCGAAGCAUAGCGUGCACGACCUCGAUAAUAUUCGCCUGGCCGACUUGCCAGCCUGGUCGAAGUCGUCGGGUGUCGAGGCCGUCCUCGAACUCGAGUCUUUGCUGGUCGAGGGCCACGCUCGAGACAUGCCGUCGAGUCGUCCACCUCGAGGAUUGCAGCUCGAGCUCCGUCGAGGUGGCCACAACGCAUCCGAGCAGCAACAGCGAGUCGACACCACCGUCAUGGCUAACCUCGGCUAUCUCCAAUUCAAGGCGAGUCCCGGCGCCUGGCAGCUCGGCAUCCGUGCCGGCCGGAGCAGCGAAGUCUUCGAGCUCGAGAGUAUCGGCGCAGACGGCUGGAAGAGCGGGACCGUCAACAAGACCGGCACGACCUUCGUGGUCUCGACGCUCGAGGGUCUUACGCUAUACCCGCGCUUCACUCGCAAGCCUGGUCACGAGCUGACUGAGUUGCUCGACGAAUCGGCCGACGUUGUCGCCUCGGCGCGCACUGCGGCAGCCGGCCUCUUUGAGCGAGUCAAGUCGAUGAUUCCCUUCCUCGCGCCCAAGGCCGGCCAGGAGCUCGUCUCGACCGGGAAGAAAGCCGAAAUCAACGUCUUCACCGUCGCCUCUGGACUGCUGUACGAGCGCAUGGCGCUCCUCAUGGUCGUCUCGGUCUUGCGGCACACGAAGAGCUCGGUCAAGUUCUGGUUCAUCCAGAACUUCCUUUCGCCGUCCUUCAAGGCUUUCAUCCCGCACAUGGCGCGAGAGUUUGGCUUCGAUUACGAGCUCGUCACGUACAAGUGGCCGCACUGGCUUCGCGCACAGAAGGAGAAGCAGCGGACGAUCUGGGGCUACAAGAUCCUCUUCCUUGACGUUCUUUUCCCGCUUGAGCUCGACCGCGUCAUCUUCGUUGACUCUGACCAGAUCGUCCGUGCCGACUUGAAGGAACUCGUCGAUCUUGACUUGCAUGGCGCACCGUACGCCUUUGCGCCGAUGGGCGACGACCGAGCAGAGAUGGAAGGCUUCCGGUUCUGGAAGACCGGCUACUGGAAGAACCACCUCAAAGGCAACCCGUACCACAUCUCGGCGCUCUACGUCGUCGACCUCGACCGGUUCCGCCAGAUCGCGGCGGGCGACCGCUUGCGACAGCAGUACCAGGCGCUUUCUGCCGACCCGCACUCGCUGGCGAAUCUGGAUCAGGAUUUGCCCAACAAUAUGCAGGGGACGAUUCCUAUCUACACCCUCGGACGCGAAUGGUUGUGGUGCGAGACUUGGUGCAGCGACGAGAGUCUCGCUCAAGCCAAGACCAUCGACUUGUGCAACAACCCUCUUACGCACGAGCCGAAGCUGCAGCGCGCCAAGCGUCUGAUCCCCGAGUGGCUCGAAUACGACGCCGAAGUCAGCGCAUUCGCCCAGCGCGUCGCGGCUGGUCAAGAAGGGGGCGAGACAGCUGCGUCAGUGUUCCGCAACAGGGCGGACGAGCUGGAGCAGGCUGUGCAGCAGGCGAAGGAGAGGGAGGAGUUUGUCGAGGAGCAGCAGCAGGCAAGGAGUGGGUCUGGCGAGGGAGAUUUGCGGGAACAACGGGUCAAGGACGAGUUGUAG